ACAGUUCAUGCUUUGCUGUCACAGCGAAGGUUUGUGUUUGUAUACUUGUCCGAGGCAAUUAUUUUUAUUGUGCCUUACAAAAACAAGUUUAAUUAAUUAUUCAUAAUUCCAUAUAGUUAGAAUAUAAUGUGAAGAGACAUAAUUCAAGUUAUUUUAUAAUCUGUUGUGAAAAUGGAGACCACACCGUUGCUGACGAGACCUAAAAAGAAAUCCUUAUGGUCAAGGUUACAAUUUUGGAGGUUCCGUAAGAAGAAGUUGAGUUCGAGAGCUAUUUAUUUGGGGCAGCUGCCUGAUGAAGAAUUUCCGCCGAACUAUGUGUGCAAUCAGAAAUACAACAUCCUCACAUUCCUACCUCUGGUGCUGUUCGAGCAGUUCCGUUUCUUCCUCAACCUGUACUUCUUGGUGAUGGCCGUCAGUCAGUUCAUACCUAGCAUCCGAAUUGGCUAUCUUUAUACAUACUGGGGGCCUCUAUGCUUCGUCUUAGCCGUCACACUCUUCAGGGAAGCUGUUGAUGAUUUCCGAAGAUACCGACGAGACAGAGAAGUAAACAGACAGCGCUACGAACGAAUAGUUCUAGACAACUCCGCUUCAGAUUACCGGCCCUUCAUCACGGAACAAGUGGCGUCCUCUGAACUUCGAGUGGGAGACAUAGUGAUGCUCCACAAAGGACAGAGGGUGCCUGCCGACAUGAUCCUGCUGAGGACUAACGAAACUAUGGGCACUGUGUUCAUAAGAACUGAUCAAUUGGACGGAGAGAUCGAUUGGAAGUUGAGAAUACCACUACGUUCAACACAAAAACUGCCAACAGACGCUCAUCUACUCGACAUUAACGCUCAGAUCUUCGUUGAGAAACCAGAGAAAGACAUCCAUUCCUUCAUCGGAACCUGCACGAGGCUGGAUGAAGGAGAAACCGAUUCUUUACACAUUGAGAACACUCUGUGGAGUGGCUGUGUCGUCGCCUCUGGACAGGCUACUGGUCUUGUCAUUUAUACUGGUAGUGAAACUCGCAGUGUAAUGAACAACGCUACCCCACGGUCCAAGGUUGGUCGUUUAGACCUGCAGGUGAACGACCUUACAAAGCUCCUGUUCGUGGCUACUAUAGUCAUAUCAAUGCUGCUCAUCAUUCUCAAGGGAUUCGCUGGACCCUGGUACGGGUUCCUCUUCAGAUUCGUUCUGCUUUUCUCCUAUAUUAUACCUAUUAGCUUAAGAGUAAACCUGGACAUGGGCAAAGCGUUCUACUCCUGGACGAUACAACGAGACAAGAAGAUAGAAGGCACCGUAAUGAGAUCCACCACCAUACCUGAAGAACUAGGCAGGAUCCAAUACGUGUUGGCUGACAAAACAGGGACCCUCACCAAGAAUGAAAUGGUCUUCCAGAAACUACAUUUGGGCAAUGCGCUCUUUGAUAAGAAUAACUUUUAUGAGGUGGAAGCCCUCCUAACACAGUACGUGACAAACGACGCCCCCUCCCUCCCCACGUCCCCCACGACGUCCAUAAUAGGGGACGGACUGGCCGCGUCCCCCAAGCAGGUGUGGGAGACUGUGCUCGCUAUAGCGUUGUGCCAUAACGUCACGCCCGUCUACGAUGUGCCUAGUGAUACGCAGGCUGAUGAGGCUCAAUCAGACAUGGGCAGCUCUGUGAUGUCGGAGAGUUGUGGGGGCGCGGUCCCCCAACAACAGCUGUGCGACUACCAGGCUUCCAGCCCCGACGAGGUGGCGCUGGUCAAGUGGACUGAUAUGAUGGGUGUGUCUUUAUACCGUCGCGACAUACACAAUAUCUCCUUGAAACUGCGCGCCGCUAAUGAGAUCAUUCAGUACACAAUUCUGCAGAUCUUCCCUUUCACCAGCGAGAGCAAGAUGAUGGGCAUCAUUGUGCAGGAAGAAAACACGGGCGAAAUAACAUACUACGUGAAGGGUGCAGACGUAGCAUUAUCCAAGUUGCUGGACUCGCAGUGGCUGAGCUCCGAGUGCAAGAAGUUGGCCGCCGACGGACUCCGGACCCUCGUCAUGGCGAAACGGACUCUUACCAAGGAGGAGUACCUGCAGUUUGAGAGCGAGUACAAAGAGGCUCGUUUGAACGCGAACCGCAGCGAGCACACGUCAUCGGUACUGGGCAAGAUACAACGAGGCAUGACGCUACUCGCCCUCACUGGCGUGGAGGACAGACUGGCUGACGACGUGCCCAGGACGCUCGCCAUGCUCAGAGCUGCUGGGAUCAAGAUCUGGAUGUUAACAGGCGACAAGUUAGAGACAGCGCUGUGUAUCGCUCGCUCCCUACAACUGGGGGGAGGGGUGACGUGGCACUCCGCACGCACCUGUAGGGGGAGGGGGGACGCACACGCGUUGUUACAGGCGCUACGGGCCGCGGGAGAUACUGUGGACCUUAUUAUUGAAGGAGAGACGCUUGAGGUAUGUCUACAAUCGUACGAAGAGGAAUUCGUGGAAGUGCUAUGUGGUUGCGGGGGAGUGGUGGUGGCGCGAUGUUCCCCCACGCAGAAGGCGCGGGUGGCGCGCCUACUGCGGGCGCGGCGACACGUCGUGGCCGCCGUGGGGGACGGGGGGAACGACGUCGCCAUGAUACAGGAGGCCGAUAUCGGAGUGGGUAUAGAGGGCGCAGAGGGUCGCGCGGCGUCGCUGGCGGGCGACGUGAGUAUCCGGCAGUUCUCGUGCCUGGCGCGGCUGUUACUAGUGCACGGCCGGCGCUCCGCCAUGCGCUCCGCCGCACUCUCGCUCUUCAUCGUGCACCGGGGGCUCAUUGUGUCCACUAUGCAGGCGGUAUUCUCAGUCGUGUUCUACUUCUCCUCUGUGUCUCUAUACCCUGGAUUCCUAAUGGUUGGCUACGGAACGGUCUUCACUAUGCUUCCUGUGUUUUCGUUGGUACUUGACAAAGACAUACCGAGUAUAACGGCGCUUAGAUACCCGCAACUGUACAAGCAACUCUCCAAAGGACGGCAGCUGUCUUACAAGUCCUUCUACAUAUGGACUGGCAUAUCUAUUUAUCAAGGAGGAGUAAUAAUGUACGGCGCUCUAGUAUUAUUCGAGGACCAAUUGAUCCAUAUAGUGGAGAUCAGCUACACGGCGCUGAUCCUGACUGAGCUGAUCAUGGUGGCGCUGACCGUGGUCACGUGGCACUGGCUCAUGGUGGGGGCUGAGCUGGUCAGUCUGCUCAUGUAUAUUGCCACGCUGCUUAUAUUUACUACGUAUUUCGACGGCGACUUCAUUCGGCACUGGGAGUUCUGGUGGAAAGUAAUUGUAAUAACCCUAGUGUCCUGCCUACCCCUCUACAUAGUCAAACACAUGCAUAGAAAGUGGAGCGACCGCCAGUACAAAAACAUAAGAAAAUGAUCUUUAUUAGUAAGUAGUCUAGGUUCAUAUUACAAUGUGAUUCACGUUUAUCAUAAGGUCUUGUUGCACAUAUGGUAAUUAUUUAUAAUGUUAGGUUUUUUGGUUAGACCGUGUGGGUAGAAAAGUAAAAGUGACGUCAUACGAUGUUUUAAAUCAAUGUGUCUAAAUCUUACGUUUUUAUUUUUAUUACUAAACGGUUUUGUUUAGCUUGCCCCAUUUGUUUAAAUUUAGUAAUAUCUUUUUUUUUGAUACAAUAUUGUGGCGACAUAAUGUGUCGUCGGCGUCAUGUCAUGAUAAGUGACAGAUGACAGCCGUCGCACAUAAAUGAUCGAUAAACAAUCCUAUUUAUAAAGUUUACAUGCAAAUAAACAUGGAUAAAAAAUCCCAACGAACAACAGUUGGACAUAAAACCCGCCAGACACGACCACUUGAGGUUGAGGAUCCUCCUUUUUUUAGGGAACUUUGCUCUGUUUUUUAAAACACUCUGAAUUUUGGUGACCAUAAAAUAUAAUCAAAUUCCAUGAUUAUUUAACUAACUAUAUUGGUGAAAGACAACUUAAUAAAACUGUGUAAUAUAAAAAAAAAAA